GGUGAGACUUUCCAGCUAUGAGGCAGAGCCGGAGACUGCUUCUCCUAGCAGGCCCCAGCUCCUGGCCAGGUACUGACUCACUCCACUUCAAAGGCCUUGGCUUUGGCUCAGCUAUUUAACCUGCUGCACGAAGCCUGUCACUCUGGAACUCUGCCCAUGGAGAGCUGAGCCCUACCUGCAGACCUGCUCCUCACCUGGGCAGGUACCUCUUCCUCCGAGCCAGUCUGCACAAGCUCAAGAGCAGUCCCCAAGGGCCACCAGGGCCCUGCUGCCUGCUGCUUGGCUCAGGGAUGCCUGGCUCAGAGAUGCCUGCUCCCUGUGUCUUUGCUCCAGACAUGGCCGAGCAGGUGCCCCUGUGGCAUCACUACCUGCUGGCCAUCCAGUCACGGGAGUCGCCCCGUGUCCAGGACUACCAGAGAGCAGAGAAUAUCCUGCUUACUGUGCUGGAACGUGCCCAUGCCUUGGAUUCCCGCUUCAUUGUUGACUACUCUCGAGAUCUGGAAGCCUUCCAGUUUGCUCUGCGUUCCUCAGAGGACCCACUGGAUGUGGAGGUGCCCCUGAGGGUGGACUCUGAGGCUCUCCUGAUUGAGGAGUCAGAAACCACUGAGCCAGGGGAUGGCCCGGCAAUCUGUCGACUGGGUGUCCUCAAGGAGGCAUCUGGCUUGGAGCCAUUGAUGACUGAUGAUAUCUUCAGUGUCUCCUCAGAGGACAGAGACAAGUGCUGUGGCCACAUUGUACCCAGUAAAGUCCUGCGUGUCCUCAAAGAUCUUCUGGUGGCUGCCGUUGUACAUUGCAAGCACCACAGGCUCAUUCCACCAGGUUCACUAAAUGCUGCCAGCCUGAAGGAAGGGCAGAUGCGCCUGUCCCUGCUGGUGUCCAGUGGCUGGAGGAAGAUUCGCUUCAACGUUGUCCCCGUGGUGACGAAGAAGCACAGGGUGCCGGCCUUGGAGGGGGUCCAGUUGAAGCUUGGAUUUCCUGAGGGCACCUUGAAAAGAAUUGCCAGCCACGGGGUGGACCUGGUACCAGCUGAUGCCCAGCAUUGGAGGAUCUCCACUGGCUACCUGCUCAGUCGCCUGCUUGAUGCACUAGGCUCCCUCCCUGGCCACCGCCUGGACAGCCUCUCCAUUCUCGACCGUGUAAACCUUGAGAGCUGGGGAGGUGGCAGCCAGAACCAUGGCCUAACUUUUGACCACCUGAAGACAGUGCUGCUAUGGGCCUCUACAUUGUUCCCAGCACCAGAGGACUGGGCAGACCUGCAGGGCUCAGUGUACCGCCAGCUGGUAGUCCUGCUCUGCUGCCUGGCUACCAGGAACCUGCCUCACUUCCUGUACCCGGAGUGCAACUUGCUGCAAGACAGUGGCCUGGACCUUGGCGGCAUCUACCAACGAGUGGAACACUUCGCCAGCCAGCCCGAAGAGUCCUUACGAAUCCAUGUCACCCACCUGGGCCACAGCCGUCCACCACGCAUCGACAAUGGUGUCAAGGCUCUCCUGCAGCUCCCUGCCAGUGACCCUACCUACUGGGCCACCGCCUACUUUGAUUUUCUGCUAGAUAAGUUCCAGGUCUUUAACAUCCAGGAUAAGGACAGAAUCUCAGCCAUGCAGAACAUCUUCCAGAAGACCAAGACCAUGGGGAGUGAGAACAGCUGAGCUGGGUUGGGAGACCCAGUCUCUACCAACCUGCAGAGCUCCCUGGAACUUUUGGAAAAGGAGUGGGGAUCAGGGACUGGUGGAGGGACUUAGUCCCUAAGGAGUCCUGUUCAAGGGAUCACUGUGAGAGUCUAAGUACCCUGCACUGGGAACUUGAGGCAGCUGCCAUAUUCCAGACUGAACUUGAGGUAAAUGGGUAUACACAUCCUGGAAACCUAUUGAUCCAUCCAUCUGACAGCAGAACAGGCACAAGAUAACACGGGUGUUUGCUCUGCCUGUGCUCCACAUUCCUCCUUAGGGUUGAAAUACUUAUGUGUUCAGUGUUGAACACACUCAUGCUCCAGUGUACCCUGUGGAGAGGGUCCCCCUACUUUCUGUAUCUCUCAGUGCAAAUAUAGACUCCUAAAGCUGUGAAAGGCUCAUGUGCAAAGAAUGGUUUCAUUUCAAACGCCCACCCCUCAGGUAGAGAAUGUUUCCCUGGACAGGCAUCUACUCUCCAGAAGAGGGAAUUCUGUAACUCCCCUUUCCCCAUACUGGUUUCACCUGCUUCUCUGUCACUGGAGGAGUGUUCCCUCUUCCCAGAAUCCUGUGAGUCCCCUCACAUCUUCUCAGUAGCCUUAAGUAG